CGGGGAGUGGGAGCGGGGACGCGCGGCAGCGCUCACAGCUGCGCGGCGUGGGGACAGCGCCUUCGUACGAAACACAGCAGCGCUGCCCGGCGUAAAUGGUGCUCCAGGUGCUGGCGAGGAUGUGGUGCUCCUGAGGGCUGUUGAGGACGGGCGGCGAGGUCCCAGGGACGGAGGAGGUGGGAGGGAUGCACCGCUCCCCUCCCGCCCUGGCGGCCGCCUCGCUGCCCGUGAGCGGCCGUGGCGGGGUGCUGUGAGCCAUUUGCUUCCCCGAGAGCCGCAGCGCAGAUCGCAAUCCAGGGAUGUCACGGACUCACGCGGCACUCGCUUAGGCCCGGGUGCUUUGCCCACCUCGCGCGAAAGAAGCUGGAAGAGAAAGAGGCGGGAAUGAUUCGCAGGGCAGGAUGGUGCCCCGUGGUUUGGCCGUGAUUCCAUCAGUUCCGUGAUUCCAUCAGCUGCAGCUUUCCGUGUAGGAUUGACUGCUGGUUGAAUGUGAAAAUAGUAAAUGAUAAUAGAAAAGUUCCAUGGUUAUAGACCACAGUAAAUUGCCCCCUCCUCCUCUGUCUCUUAACAAAAAAAAUUCCCCAAGAUUUCUCUGGUUGGAGAAAGUUUCUUGGCUUUCUAGUAGUGGCUCCUUAUUAUUUAUUGAUCUUUUCCCACCGGGAAGGAGUUACAAGGAAGCCACAUAAAGUCUUCCUGACAGGGACUUCUUAAUGCAUUCAAACACUAUAUAUAAAGUUAUAUUUCUAUACAGAGGAAUCUGUUAAGAUAUGUAGGAACAAAACCUGUGAGGGAUCUGAAUAUUUCUGUUAAAGCCUGUGCCUUUUAAAGAAAAGCUUGUCAUUUUACCAGAUGGAGGCAGAAGUAAUUUCUUCUGUGGUCUUUUAUAUCUGUUGCUCUUCAAAUAACUAGGGAUGCUUACAAAAGCUUCUCAUACAGUCAAAAGAGACAGAGGGCGGGGGGAGGAAAAACCACUGAAAGAUGCUGAUCUCUGGGACCACAGAACGAAAGCACGAGUUGUAAUGGAUUUACAGGAACAUGAUGUUAACAUAUGGCUCCCUGGGCAUUUAUUGACAUGUGUAGCAUCAGUGAUGGUAGUUAGACAUUGGGAAGUGGGGCGUGAUGAGUAUGCUUUAAUUCACACAAACAGAAUAAUUUAAGAUCUGCACAGGGAGUCUGUACAAGCCCUACCAAUGCACCAUUUUUGCUAUAAUAAUAAAAGGCUAUUUUUUAGUACCUUUGGGAAUACAUUGCAUUGCUUCUCAUCAAACAUGCAGACUUUUUGUGUAGCAUAUGUGCCCAUUUGCCUCUGAUCUCUGCAUGUUUUUUACUGUUCUUGAACUAAGUAAAAUUGCUGAAGUUCUUUUAUAUGUGAGAACUGCUGUGUGGAAAUAGGUGUUUUAUUCACUUACUAUAGUCAAAGACUGACUGCUGUUGCAUGCAUGACAUAAGAUGUAGAAAAUCUUAUUUUCUGUCUCUCCAAUGAUAGCAAAAAGUUGAAUUUAUGCUGGCCUGACAGAGACCAGAUUACCAAGCAGACCAAAAUUUCCAGUUCUCCUCUUGCUGUAAUGACUGUGUAGUGAGUAACUGGCACUGUAAAACAGCUUUUCUCAGGAAACAAAUCUGACUUGGAGAUGCAGAGGGCAUAGGGCUCCAUUUCAUGUGAAACAGAGCAUUGUUUUCGUACAGCCACCUCUGGAAAAGUGAUCGUCUUUUGAAUGCUUUGGACAGAAGGCUGUGCUAGUGGGGACUCCCCUAGCCCUGGGCUGGUGCUCAGGUUUGUGUGCUUCACUCUUGUCCUGCCACAGUUGGCUACUAGGUGCUGUGUAAAUCCUGAAGAUAAUCCAGCUGCUGGCUGCAGGUAACUAGGUAAUAGCAGAGGACUAUUUCACAGCAAUUUAGAGGAACAGUUCUUGUCAGAAUAGAUUGCAGAAGAAGUAGAAUUGACUGUUUUCAGCUCUCCAGAAAUAUUCUAGAUUGGUCUCAAAUUUGCUUUAAGGGACAGUUGUUAAUUAAUUUGCUCCUUGUAUUGUCUUUACUGCAUCAUUCUACACAGUCUCCUCUGGAGCAGCCAGCUCAAUAAGGACUCAAUUCCCUAGCUGACCCAGAAGUUGAAAUGUUUUUUAGCUGUUCUGUAAGAUACUUCAGCCCCUUUAUCUACAGCAUUUACCUUUGACAAAACUUUGCAAUUAACUUUUCAACACAUUGCAAUAAACCAGCAUAUUCAUUGCUGCCAGGGGUCUUGCAGCCCUGGAAGGGUAACAGGCAUCACAGUUUUGUUAGAAGAAAGAGCGAGAUCUUAGUAAAAAGAGGAUGUGAGGAGGGCAGGGCCAGGGAAAGUAGAAAUGUAUAUAUGCUUGCACAAUGCUGAGAGUAGAGGGAACUCAGAGGAAACACGAGAUAGAAGUGCCAGUGCCUUCACUGCAGCUUAUUGACAUGGAUUGUACAAAACCUUGCGGGAAGCUCGGUGAUGCGAAGGACAGAUCUCUUGUUUGCCUGAAGUUAAAUCCGAGCUGACCUGUCACUACAAAUGGACAGUUUUUCAAAGAUGAGGCUUGGUGGAACAGCUUCUUGGUAUCUCAACUAUGGAAGGCCAACUUUGUGCUAAUGUGGACAUUUCUGUGAAAAGUCCUCCAGGAGCAAGCCCUCAGUCCUUCAUUGCUUUGCUGAAGGUUCACCGAGAGCUUCUGGUCAGUAGGAUCCGAAACACACAGUGCUUGAUUGAUAACUUGAUUAAGAACGACUACUUCUCCACUGAGGAUGCAGAGAUCGUUGUCCAGUUUCCUACUCAAGCAGAUAAGGUUCGCAAAAUUCUAGACUUGGUUCAAAGCAAGGGAGAAGAAGUUUCAGAAUAUUUCGUCUAUGUCCUGCAGAAAGUCACUGAUGCUUACUAUGAGCUUCAGCCUUGGCUGGAUGAAAUAGGUUAUGAGCCUUCAGAGAAUAUCUGUAGUAAACCUGUGGUAAAUACAGAUCCAGUUAGCAGGUAUUGCCAGAAACUCAGACAUGAACUGGGACGGGACUCCAAGUUUUUUAUGUUGUACGCUCAGAAGGAGGAGGUGCUGCUUGAAGAAAUCUACUCCAACAGCAUUAUGGAGCUGGUCAGUUUUACCAAUGAGAGUCUUGGUCACGUGGGUCGGUUAGAAGCCCUUUUUGAUGAUGCAGUUGGGCUAAUUAAUGAAGAUGGAGAGACUGUUUAUGUCUACGGUGAUGCAGGAAUUGGAAAAUCCAUCUUGCUGCAAAAGAUACAAAGCCUUUGGGCCAGGAAGGAACUGAACAUAGGGGCCAAGUUUUUCUUCCGUUUUCGUUGUAGGAUGUUUAGCUGCUUCAAGGAAGAUGAAGCCAUAUGUUUGAAAGACCUGCUCUUCAAAUAUAAUUGCUACCCAGACCAGGACCCUGCAGAAGUGUUCCAUCACAUCUUGCAGUUCCCUCAUACAGUUCUAUUCACUUUUGAUGGCUUUGAUGAGAUCUAUUCCAGCUUUGAUCUCAGCAGUGUACCUGAAGUAUGCUCACCCAAUGAACCCAUCCACCCCCUGGCACUGCUCGUAAGCCUUCUUAGAGGAAAGCUUCUUAAGGGGUCCAAGAAAAUUCUUACCGCCAGGACAGGAACUGAGAUCCAAAAAAACAUCAUUAGGAAGAAAGUGGUGCUCCGCGGUUUCUCCAGGAACAACUUGAAGGAAUACACAGCUAUGUUUUUCAAAGACGAGCAGCAAAGAGCACUGGUGUCAAACCAGCUGGAAGCUAACCCAAAUCUCUGCAGUUUGUGUUCAGUGCCUUUAUUUUGCUGGAUUAUCUUUAAAUGCUUUGAGCACUUCCACUCCAGCCAGUGGUUUGAUGGCCACGAGCUUCCAGACAGUUCUGUUACAUUAACAGAUGUAUUUUUGCUCAUGAUUGAAGUACACCUGAAUCGAUCUGUGAAAACAAAUUUGCUGAAGAGCAAUAUCAGGAGCCAAGCAGAGGUGUUCAAAUCAAGAAAGGAAAGUCUUCUAGCUUUGGGUAAAAUGGCAUACAAAGGGAUGGAGAACUCUUCCUUUAUCUUUGAGCAGGAGGAAGUCUCAUUGGCAAACAUCUCUGAAGAUGAUUUGCAAUUGGGCUUUCUCAGGACAGUUAAAGGUUACAGUGGCUGUGACAGUCAGGCCACUUAUGAGUUCUUGCACUUAACCCUUCAGUCUUUUUUCACAGCUUUGUUUUUGGUUAUGGAGGAGAAGGUGGGUACCAAGGAGUUACUUGAGUUUUUCAAUGAAUGUUCUUCCAUGGAGACUGCCCAGCCUACUUGCCUUCGUAUCCCCUGGCUGAAGAAACAACUAGCAGGGGAGGAUCCUUUCCAAAAUAAAGAACACUGUAAUUUUACCAACAUGUUUCUUUGUGGCCUGCUUUCUGGAUCCAGGCAGAAGCUCUUCAGACAUUUAGUUUCGCCUGCGGUCCUUAAGAGGAAGAGAAAAACACUCAUCACAUACCUUGGGGAGAGCAUGAAAUCCCGCCUGAAAGGCUACACUCGGUCCAGGCUGAAAAGCUACAAUCAGGUGCAGAUGCAGCCCAACUUUGUGUGGAUGCUGAGGUGCCUGUACGAGACGCAGAGUGAGAAGGUGGGGAGGAUGGCAGCCCGCCGCAUGCACGCCAACUACAUCAAGCUGGCCUACUGCAACGCCUGCUCUGCCGACUGCAGCGCCAUUUCCUUCCUUCUGCACCACUUCCAAAAGCACCUGGCUCUGGAUUUGGACAACAACAACAUCAAUGACUACGGAAUAAAGCAGCUGCAACCUUGUUUCAGCAAGCUUGCAGUGAUCAGGCUCAGUGUAAAUCAGGUCACAGAUCAUGGUGUAAGGAUCUUGUAUGAAGAACUCUCCAAGUACCAAAUUGUGUCUUUCUUGGGCUUAUACAACAACCAAAUCACUGAUGUUGGAGCCAAAUAUGUUGCAAAAUUAAUUGAAGAGUGUUCAAGCCUGGAAUAUGUUAAAAUAGGAGCAAACAAAAUAACGAGCGAAGGAGGGAAGUGCCUUGCCCAGGCCAUCCAGAAGAGCAAGACAAUGUUUGAAAUUGGGAUGUGGGGUAAUCAAGUUGGAGACGAAGGAGCAAAGGCAUUUGCAGAGGCCCUGAGGGACCACCCCAGGUUAACAAACGUGAGUCUUGCAUUCAAUGGCAUCACGACAGAGGGAGGCAAAAGUAUUGCUGAAGCCAUGCAGCACAACAACUCCGUGAGGAUAUUCUGGUUGACUAAAAACGAGCUGGAUGAUGAGGCAGCAAUGAGUUUUGCAGAGAUGCUGAAGGUCAACAAGAAACUGGUGCAUUUAUGGCUUAUCCAGAAUCAAAUUACAGCCAAAGGGGUGAAGUGCCUCAGCGAAGCUCUCAAGGAGAACACAACUAUUCAAGAAAUCUGCUUGAAUGGGAACCUGAUAAGCCAAGAAGAGGCCAAAGCUUUUGAAAAUGAAGAGCGGAUCAUUUGCUUUUGAAUGAGGACUUUCCCAUUUUGCCAAGCUGGUGCUAACAAAGGCUACUCCUACACUUGGACUGCAGAGUUUAUAAAGGCAUCAAUCUAUAGUGCUCGUGGCAGGAGAGAGAUACACAAUAAGCUGCCUUUUUGUGAACACACUGCGCUCCCUCAGCUCCAUCCCUUACCCUGCCUGUUAUUUUUAAUCCUUUUGGUGAGUGGGAAGUUGCCUGGGUAAAUAAUUAAUGGUUUUUUUCAUGCUUUGAAGAGGAAAUGCAAAGUGUUAACAGACUAAAUCCACUGGCAGGUGUAUGCAUUUUGAUAACUGAGUUUAGAUCUAUUCUGUACGGAGAUGUAAAUAAUCUGUUAACUUAUUUAUAAACAUAAAUAAAGACACACAAAUAUGCAUAAACAAGAAAGGGUUCAAGAUGCACAAACUCCACCAGCUCUGAGUAUUACCUGCCUCAGAACUGAAAAUUAAUAUAUACACAGCUUUACCAGAAACGGUAUCUAUAGUAGUUGCUUGGUAUGUGUGUUUUGAACAUUAAUUCCUUCUUCCUGCCUAGAAAUUAGGUCCCUCUUUCUCCACUGACUACAGGCAGCAUCAUAGACGCUGCUUUUUUUUGUUGUUGGGAUUUUUUAGAUGGGUAGGAAUGGAUGCAUCAGGCUCAGAUUACUUUCAGUAAUCUUUUUUUCCCAUAUCAAAGCCAAUCUAUUUUCUUUCAUGCAACCAGAAGCCCUUACUGCCAUCACUGUAAAGCCAUAACGUGGGCAGUAAACCACUUCUGCUUCAAAUUUCCAGAGGGCUGCAUAGAAACGGCUGCCUCCUGUUUCCACGGUGUUUGUUCUGGGGAGGGGGUCUGGAGAGAAUUGUGAACAAUUAAUUAGCAGGCUGUUCAUUGCCUUGGCUCCUGGCCUAGGCUCCGUGCUGGUGGCACUACACCAAUGUCACGUUGCCCAGCAUCAGUGGGGAGAAAGGACGAUUGAAAAUCAACUGCGUCAAGUAGAAAUCCCUUCUCCCAGCAACAGGAAAGCACACAGGAGGAUUGAGAUUGGCCUGGAAAGCUUUUAGUCUAUGCUUGAAUCAGUGGACAGAGCAAGGCAAGGGGCAGUAGUAAUAACAAGGACCAGCAAGAAAACAUUAUCCUCCCCCAAAUGAUUAUUGUUUAGGGAGUGUAACUUUAGAGGCUUUAAAAGAAAUCAGUUAGCAAAGGAGUAGGGUAUUUGAUUAUUUUUUUUGUGGGAGCUUUAUAAACUCAAACUCUACCCCACAGUGUAGGGGGUAGAGUUUGAGUUUAUAAACCUAAAAUGGAAAAGUGUGAGCCAUUUCCUUCCUUCUCCCAUGUUACCAUUCCUCACCCCCACCCCCCGCCCCAAACUUUGAGAAACAAGUCUCCAGUUGCUGACUAACCCACAAAACCUUGGUAGGUUGGAAGAAGAAUCUCCAGUUAAAAUGCCGUACCAAUGAACCCUCACCUUCCCAUCUCCCAAAUCUGCCCCAUGAAGCAAAGAAAGUGCUUGCUUUGUAGGUCAGAGCUUGUCCAUUUCCUAUGUGGUAGCAAACCUUUCCCAGCCCUCAAUUCUGUCUACUCCUUUCAGCUCCCUAACACAUUUUCAAAUACUCACCAGGCUUCUCACAAAACCUGCAGCUAUAAAGGAAAAAAAGGGAAGAAAACCAACUUAGUUAUUUUUUAGAGGCUUUUCCUCUGUGCCUCAUUUUUCACAGGGAGACAGAUGAGGUUUUUCAACCAUGCCAGAGGGAACUCAGCUAACUUGAAUGAUUUGUGCACCUGAGCCAUUUGUUUACUGAAGCAAAAGGGCACACAAUUACAGAUGAGCUGGAUUUCAAUUGCCAAAACAUCUGCCAAAGCAAAGCCUUUAAAGACUUCUCAGUGACUUUAACAAAUCAGAGACUCGUGCACCUUGACAAAGUGUGUUUUGCCAGCCUACUCUGAUGGAAGGGAGAAGAUACUGGUGCAAGGCCUUCACCAGAGGUGUCAUUUGCCUGUGUUUGAGGAAGUGUGCUCCUACUUUGCACUAAUCACAGAAUUAUUUGCUCAUUUACCAGGUAGAAAGUACAUUUAAAAUGACAGUUCCUGUCCUUGUUUCACUAAUUGACUAAAACAGCUUCCCCCAAACUUUCCAGUGCAGUCACAUAUGCCCCUUUUUUGGGCUAGAGCAGCCACUGGCAUUGUUUGUAGUGAGAAGCUCAGCCCCUCUUGCAAAUCUUGUUCCAUAUCUGGCUGUUACAAGCUGGGCAUCCAGGGGGUGUUUUUGGGGACAGCAGGAUUUACAGGGCUGCAGCAGCUAAAUGCAGCCUCAGGAUAAGUGGUGGCAGGAUCAAGCCCAGCUCGAGUUUGGCACUGAACAAGAUUACAGUGCCAGAGACAGAGCAAGUCACUGCCACUCCCUCCAGAGGUGACUUUGGGCAGCAAACAUUUGUUUGGACUAGGCUGAAGGUCUGAGCACAGCUCACUCUGGGUUUAAUAAAACCAAGGGGUUUCAUAGCAUCCUGCUCCCAGCUCACCCAGAGCAGGGGGUCUGCAUCAUAGGGCACAUCACAGCUCUGGGAGCCAUGCUGGGCAAACUGGUUGCUGCUCUGGGAGCAGCAGGACAUCCCUUGUUUAUUCUGCAUAGCAUUUCUGGCUGAAGCUCUUCCUAAUCUUCCUGGCUUGUUUGUAAGGGGCAUUGGAGCAACUUGGAGCUUGGAGGGAGAGUCUUGUUUACUCAGAGAUAACUGUAACUUUUUUUCAGACUUGUUUGUAAUUUGCUGAAGCCUUCUCUGUACACUGUGUCAUGUUUUUCCACUUGUCCACUGUGAUAAUAAACAGCUUUUUAAAGAACAA